CCCUGGGCGACAAGAGCGCAUUCACAAGAUAUCGUUUACCACUACCACGCGGGGCUAUCUGGUCUAGCAGCAAGCCACGAAGAGAAGAGAGGAGAAAAUCAGCAAACCUGCUGUUUCUUUUUUUCCCACUCCUUUUUUUUUGGCGACACAAGGAUGGCUCGAUUGAAUGAAUCAACAGCACCGACCGAGUCCAUUGAAGCCCUUAAGAGACGCUUUGUGCGGCAGAAUCGUGAGAUCGCUCGAGUCAACUCAAUACAGUCUCUGCGCAUCCGCAGCCUGGAGUCGGAGAUAUCUCAAUUACUCGCCGAAAAUGUGUCCCUUCGAGAGCAAGCAAUAGCGCUCAGUCAGGAGCUAGAAAGAUAUCAGGCCGUUAAGCUACUUCAGGAGGGGGUUUACGACAUCAAGUCAAGGCUAGAUGUUAAGCUGACGGAAUUCAACAAUCUGGUGGCCGAGCUGGGUGAGCUACCGCGCAACUACAGAAAGAAAAACACUGCCGCGCCGAUAACAAGCUCGACGCAGUCAGUAUUGGAUUGGGAGCGCAAAACAGCCGAGAACGAGUUGAGCCUCGCCCCUGACGAGGACGGAAAGCUUCCUGUCAUACUCGAAGACAAAUACUACCCAAGAAAGACAUUGGAAGCGCAAGACAUCCAAGGUCUGCUCGAUAGCGAUUGCAAUGUAUCACAGUCCCCUGCGUUCAACGAUCCUUCCAGCGUGGAUACAAACAAUGACGUUACUGGAUGCUCGCCGAACUCAAAUAAACACAUCGGAGUAGAUGAGACAUCGCAGAACUACAGACAUGGAAAUGAUGCCGAUAUUCUCCAACCACGCGCACCUGGCCAUGGAGAAAAUAGUUAUCAACAUGAUGUGACGAGCCUUCAGAGCCAUGCCGUGGCAUGUGAUGCAGAUCAUGUGCAGGUAAUCCGGAGCCAUGGACCGAGCCUAGGUGAGAAGCGAAAGUUCUCAGCAGAAAUAGACGACCGAUACGGGGUUCUGCUGGAUGAGAACGACGAUUUCGAAUUCCGGCAGACUCGAUCACCUUCUAACACAGCCGAGUUGACUGAACCGGCAUGCGGCGGGAAACUACCCUUCAAGAAAGAUGCACAUCAACACAAAGAGAGCAAGAAGAACUUGAAGCAAGCCCGGCGGAAGAUCCUCGAGCAAAAGAGCACCAACUUCAGUAUCAAUUCACCGAAACAGGCGUACAACAACAUCCCCGAUGGUGUACUCUCUCCCCAAGGAGACUCGUUUGCGACAGUGGCAGAUGGUAAGGGCCAUGAGACAAGCCCGGCAACUGCUACGCUAUUCACGCAGGACGGAACUAACAGCACUCUGAUGCAUCAUGACCCCGGCACUUCUCGCAAAGCAGACGAGGGAAAUAUCAACACCGUACGCGAGUCGGAAGCCUUGGGAUUCCCAAGUAAAGACGAACAAUCUGAGCCACCCAUCUCGGGAACAAUAGAGAGGCAUGCAGUGGCAUAUGGCGUCGGUGGCUCCUCCAGGCCGACAAGGCGUCAAAGAGCCGUUGUGAGUUAUGCAGAGCCUAAUCUGCGGGACAAGAUGCGUCGGCCUACAAAUGAGCUAGUAGCGGCAGUUGGCGAUCAAACAAGGAGAACCUCUGGCACAGCGAACAUCUCGGCAAGCACGAAAGAGGAUGAGGAUACAUGUGGGCGACGCAAGUCGGAUGCAAUGAAGUCACAGGUUACGGGCGUUGGGAGUAAGAGUUCGCCUUCACUUCCAUUGAAUUUUGCUACAGAAUCCCCAUCCCAAAGUAUGAAAAUGGUGUCCCACAGGAAACGCAAGGCCUCUCUGGCAAGCAACUAUGACCAUGCAGUGGCUCGUCAGGCAGCGGAUGCAAGUGGUGAGCACCCCGAUGAUUCGUUGACCGGAGUCGAUCAGCAGCCGGAAGCUCAAAAUAUCGCCACGCCCCCAAAAGAUCACUCGAAUGAAUACUUCGAUACACGGGCAGCCACGAAUAGUACGACGAAGACAGUAUUGGGUGCAUGCCAACUACAACAAAGCACACCUCGACAACCCAAACGGCGCUCAUCGAGCCUGAAGCCCUCCGAACAAGCCAUGAACAAACCGGGCGAGGGAGUCUAUGCGGACAGGAUAUGUGCAGAUAUAACACCAACUCGUUCAAGGAUAUCGCCUCCAACUCCCCACGAGCUCCUUGGGCAACCAGGUCAAGAUGGGCGUGCUUCAACAGAAAUCGGCCGGGUUCCUUCAGCCACAUCCGUGCCAACAGACCCAAGGCAAAUUGGGCGAUCUUUGCGCGCCGCUGCUAGGAGAAAGAGUAUGAUGUUGUAAACACUUCGGUGGUGCGAUGGAAACAAUG